AUGAAACCAACCACCGGUACUCAGCAACGAGGGGCAAGCAACACACGCAUGCGCAAGCAGCCAGUGCCAGCGCUCCAAGAUCUCACGGUGUCGAAAGUCUGCGAUGGGCGAGAUACAGAGAUGGAGAGCGCGGGAUCGGAGUGGGAGGAAUGCGACAAGGGGGGGCUGAAAGAGAGCGAGACUAGUGGCUGA